AUGCAGGAAACAGACACCUCUUUUCAUCAUCCAAACGCCAUGGAAAUCGAUUCUUUCAACGCAAAUCUUCUAUCAACUGACCUCCCUGUAGAUGGCUCUUCAUUCCCUGUCCCCUGUGCACAUUCUGGCACCUCAAAGGAACCCACCAAGGCAAUUGAACGUCAGCUUGAUGCUCUCUCCAUUGGAACUCCCCACCCAGCUUCUUCCAUCAACUUGGUUGAAUCCUUGAAUACAAAUUCACCCCCACCACAAGAUUGGCUUGAGGUGGAAAAUUGGAUCAGUCAUUGAAAAGGCAUACAAAAAGCUCGAACGGCAUGAUCAUCUGCACGGAGAAUUUAUAAAGGAGUCAUCCUCUUCUCAUUGCCCACCGAAUACCGACCCUGGACAGGUAGCCCAUAUGCAGGCUGUGGAAAAAGGAGGCUAUGAAAUAUAUCGGGAAUACGCGCAAUCAAACAGAGAACUCCGCGCCGAAAUACUCUCCCUAUUACCUGUCUGGCGGUCCAUACAAGAGAGACGCAUCAAUCUGGGUCUUGAUAGACAAGAAGUGUUGAGCAAGCUAGUAGAGAGGUAUUUUGGGCGGGAGGCUUUCGAUAUGCAUAACGGUCUCAUCAACCCGGAUUCCCCUACUGCUACACACACGAAGCUGACAGUUGUCGGCGCGGCGAGAGAAAUCCAAGAAUUGGAAGAUUCAGCUAUGAGAAUGUUCCAACAUUGA